AUGGUAAUCCAUGCCAACGUCGGUGCCAUUGCCUCGGGCGGGCUCUUUGCCGGUGAGGACACCUCCGACCCCAACGCAAGCGGCGUUGAGGUCUUUCAGGACUCGAAAAAUCAUCCAGCUGCUGUGGCCUCUAUUAUUCUUUUUGCCGCUAACCGCGCCGGUUUCAAGCCAAAGCAAGACGGAGUGAUCGCAGAUCAAAACAUCUACAACAACUUUGUGACCCGGAUUUCCACCUUUCCUGGAUUCACUUUACAGACCAGCAGUGAAGUAGGGCUACAGUUAAGCAGAGGCAAGGACAGCCUCAAAGAAAGCAUUGCUGCUGGAGUUGAUGCCGGCGUGGGCGAGUCUGGAGAUGUUGCGGACGCAUUCAUGAAGGAGCUGCCUAGUACUUUGGGGGAUAAAUCUGAGGAAGGUUGGCUCCUUACUUUGACUGUGAUCCAGGUCCGUAACGAGUCUGUCUACGUCGGUAUCUAUUCUCUCUCUUUGAUUCUCUCUCAGAAUAAGGAUGGUGGUGUGGAGAUCGGUUCCCAAACAAUACAUCUUCGACAGACCGGGUAUCGACUUAUCACCACAUUCCUCACCGCACAAGCCAAGGCACUUGUCAGAAAUAUUAACACCGUCCAGGUUGCGACGUUCAUCGAUGAGCUCACCACAGGGCCACCUGCCUGA